UGGCCGAUGGCGUCAGCUAAGAAUGUAGCAUCUUAAACGCGUAUUUUUGUGUUUAAGUUUUAAAAUUUUAAUAAAAUGUAUUUAAAUCUUGCCUGAUAUUAUUUCAAUUGUGAUGAGUUAGUUUAGUGCUAUAAAAUGGAUGGUAAAUCUAGUAAUUGGCGGCCCGGCCCAAGCGUCUGCCGUUGUUGUCUCUCUGAUGGAUGUUACAAAGAUAUUGCGACUGAAUAUUUCUGGAUGGGAAAGAGAGAAGUUUAUGAAGAGAUGCUUGUGGAUACUCUUGGCUUAACGAUAUCCUUUGGAGAUUCCAAUGCACAACACAGCCAGAGUCGUCUCAUAUGUGAGACAUGCAUAUCGCGGCUCCGAAACGCGACGGACUUCAAGAAACAAGUGAAAGAAUGUGAGCAGACAUUUCUACAGUACCUGAAUCCGAGCACUUUGGAUGUUGUUGAAGAUGUUAUUAGUCUUGAGAAAGAGGAAAAGCAGGUGACAGUCAAGGAGGAGAAGAGUCCCGACCAUGGUGAUGACUUCAACGACAACAAUGAUUUUUUGGAUGAUGAUAAUGAUGAUGAACUUGAUGAUCAACCGCUGAUGAACCUUGCGACUAAGGUGCCUAAGAAGGAAUCUGUUGACGUGUUCGACCUAUUAGAUAACGCAAAACCAUUGGUCAAACGUAAAUCAACCACAAAAGCCAAAACCACGUCGAGUAAAAAGGCUAAAAUUAAAGAAACUAAAACAAAACCCAAGGAGAAACCGGAGAAAAAGAAGAAAGAAUUAUGCAAUUCAUAUGUUGUGGCCAAGCGCAACGCGGAACUAUUGGUGCAAAGUUCUACAGUGUAUCCGUUCAGAUUGCCGGAAGAAAGCAUGGUCUGUGUUUACUGCUGUGAGAAAGUUGAGGAACCGUCGAAAUAUCGUCAACACAUGGUCGAUGAACAUCCCACUUUUAACUCGCGCAUGGCGUUCGCUCAUGUCACCGAAGGCUUUAUAAAAGCCGAUUGCAGCGAACUCCAGUGUAGACUUUGUCCAAUGGCGUUCGAUACUCUAGAAACAAUAGCCCAGCAUCUCGUUGAUGUACACGACAAAGAUAUCGAUCUGCAUCACGACCUGGGCAUCCAACCGUUCAAACUGCAAAGCGAUAAACUUUCCUGUGCCUUAUGUAACGCUAAAGCUAUCUGCCUCCGACAGUUGAGUAGACACACUCAGACGCAUUUUACUAAAUAUACAUGCGAGGCUUGCGGCAAGUCGUAUUCUACGUGCACUUCCCUCAAGCAUCACAUAACAUUCUCGCACAGCGGCGGUAACAGGGUCUGCAGGAAAUGCAAAAAGACCUUUGAAACGCUCGAGGAGAAGCGCCAACACGUGAGCAAGUCUAAAAAGUGUUGGUCCCAUCUCUGCAACGUGUGUGGCGAGAGAUUUUUCAAUUGGACGAACAAAAAUAAUCAUUUAUUCGAAGUUCACGGCGUCACCAGGAAGAAUUAUGUAUGUCCUGAGUGUUCGCUGGUGUUCGUUGACAGAAAGAAGUACCGCGCGCACUUCAAACUCUCGCAUACGGAAGAUGUCUAUAUAUGUACGUGUUGUGGGCUCAAGUUUGAAACGAAAAAACAUUUGGAUGAACACCGCGUCAUACAUACAAAGGAGAAACCGUUUCCUUGUCCUGUAUGUACCAAAUCAUUUGCCAGGAAGAAGAACUUGAUCCAGCACCUUUGGAUUCAUAGUGAAUUGAAAAGAUUUAGCUGCACUUUGUGCAGUAAACAAUUUAAUCAGAGAGUUACGUGGAAAACUCACAUGCGAUCAUAUCAUCCUGAAAUAGAAAAUUUUGAAAGUAUGCAUAAUAAGAAUAUUAAAAUAUUACUCAGUGUUGUGAAGAGUGACGAGUGACGAAUAAUUGUUUGUGCACAGAAAGAAUGGGAUUAGUAAUGGCUCUCAUUGAGUGUAGCGUUAGCAAAUUACGUUUCCGAAUCGCUUUUCUCGGAGCUAGUGAAAUAUCUUAGAAAAGUAAAAUAUAGAUAGAUAUAGUCUGCCAAAGGUUGUUGAUAUAUGUAUAGUUCAAGGGCUUUGUUUGAUAUUUUAUUAGUAUUUUAAAUACAAAAUUGUAAUCUACAGAAAUUAAGACUAAAAUGCUGAAUAUAUUUUAGGGAAUUUUGUCGUUUUGUGACUUGGUUGUAAACAUUUCUUUGAAAGGUCGAGUACAACUAGAAAUCCGGUUAAGGUCUCAAUUGUCUUUAAAUAAUUAUAGUUUCUUUUUCUAAAUUAAUAAUAACUAACAGUUCUAAAAAAAUAAAUAUGAUAGUGUAUUAUGUCGUCGGAUGGUUUUUGUACUUUUAAUUUUUUCAAAUCACAUGUUGUAACAAAUAAUUAUAAAUUGACAUCUGAAUAGUUUGUUUAGAUCUAAAUGUUUAUUUAGUAAAUAACAUAAUAUUUGUUUCCACGCUCGCAAAAGUUAACAUCAAAGGGCUGUUUUAAUUUCUUUGGUCAUCAAUUAUUAUAAAUUAAUAACUGUUUUAACCUUUAAAUACGACUUGUAAGUAUCGUUCAUCCGCCCUCACUCACUGACAUAUUUUAACGCCUUAAGUUCUACAAAUUACAAGUGUUCGUAUUAGUUAAAGGCUUAAACGUAUCCUCGGUCGGUUUUUAUAUCGUUAUCUUUUUAUUCAUAAUCGUUUUUAUCUAGAAUUAAAUUUGAAUCGCCUUCAUCGGCUUCUAAAAUGACUAAAUUUUCUUGACAAUUUAUUUUGUAAGGAACGAAAAGCAUGAAUAUCUGAAUUAUUUUGAUUAUGUCUGAUACUAGAUGGUUUUAUAAACUGAUUCGAGAUUUGAUAUGUAAUUGACUUCUAACAUAAGCUACUUUUGAAUCUAUUGCCAAUGUUUCUAGAGAUAUUUGAGUAAAACCCGGCCCUCUAUGUAUUUAAGGCCUUUUUGUGGUAAUUUCUGGGGAGAAAGUUGUGCUGUCGAAAGAUUUUUGACGCGAGUAUGAAAUUAGUGUUUGUUACUUCAUCGUGACCGAAAUUAUUAUUUUGACUAUCCCGUAAAUAUUAAGCCAACUUCCUAGACUGUAUUUGAUAUUAUACUGCACUAGCCCCGCGCUUUAUUCUCUAAGAUCACAAACUCCGUUUUAAGUAAUUUAAAUGUUAAUUCGGAAAACAACACUCAAGUGAAGCUAGAGGUUUUCUCUAACUGAAAAACAAUAUCUGCACUCUUCAUUUAACCAUAUUUGUUUAAGGGAUACAGAGAUAUAUAGGAUGUUCUGUAUAUAAUAAAUAAAAUAAUGUUUUUAUAUGAAUUUGUCAAUAAUAUAUCAUAACAUCAAAAAUUACUUCGUAAAAUAUGCACCCCGCUGUCGUAAUGAAAUUGUUUCACAGCAGAACUGUCAAACCGUGCGUCAAUGAAUUCUCUCAUAGAAAUUAUGUAUGGACACAUCAAAGGAAAAACAAAUUUCUUGUUUUUUUAUUUAAUUUAGCAGCAUUUUCCUAUUUAUUCACCUUUUAAACCUUCUGUGGACUUCCACAAAUAAUUCAAGACAAAAAUUAGCCAAAUCGGUCCAGCCGUUCUCGAGUUUUAGCGAGACUAACGAACAGCAAUUAAUUUUUAUAUAUAUUUAGGGUUUAGGAUUAUUUCUGCAGCAUAACUAUAUAGUUAUUCUUUUCCCGGUAAAAUAAUUAGCGAGGUUAAAGUUAGCUCAGUUAUAAUGAAAGUGAAUAUUUUAUAAACUUGCCGACAACUACUUCAUACCUUGACCGUCGGUACAACAGACAAACAAUAUUCUUGUUUUAAAAAUACUGAGAUCAAGUGACAUGCACGUAGCGUAAAUAAUUCAGUGAUGCGCUGAAGAAAUACAGUUAUCGCGCGAGUUGAAAGCAGUCGGGGCCUGGAGUAAAGAGCGGGCACAUCUCCCCUCCGCUUUUCGCACGCCUUGCCUCUCGCGCCUACAAUGUAGUGCUGUUAAUACUAAAUUUGCUAUCCCGUGAUAUAUUUUUUUUUAAUUUUAAAAAUGACCGAAUCGAGCCCAUUAAUUUCCCUUCCUAACAAAGAGUAUUCAUCGCCAAGUACGAGAAAUGGCGAAAAAUGUUUUAAACAUUUGUGUUGAAGAAAUGCAGACCAUUGAGAUUUAAUUAUUAGGCUAAAGUGAUUAACCUAUUAUAAAAUGGUCAACUUAAAGCAAUGUUUAAAUUUAUCGACACACUCAUGAUUAUUGUUAUUAAUAAAUAUAAUUAGAUCACAUCACUAUCGCGUUCCUGGACUCUGCAUUCAUGCAUUCAACUCUCGCGUUAUCUGUACGUUUAUGGCACGGUCAAUGUGUGGUGAAGGUAGGGGCAGGCAACAUUACAGUUCAAUCGAUGCUUCAUAUUGCGAUUGCACUGUCAGAAAUAAGAAUUUAAUACGAUUAAAUUGAUUGUUAUUUUGUUAGAUAUUGCAAUACUUUUAUGUAUAUUUUUAGUUACUUAAAGUGGAGAGUUAUGUUUAGUUUCGGUUGUAAUUGAUUUUAUAUUAUAUAAAAUUACUAUAGUGAAUAAAAAUGUUUUUGAAUCAAA